GUAAGGAACUAAAUAGACUUCCUGAUCUGAGAGUCUCUUCCUAGGAUUAAAAAUUUACUAUCAAAAAGUCCAUAAUCAGAGCAUAUCUUAGCCCAUAAUACUGAUAAAUCGUGAAGGAUUUUAUUACAAAAACUUCUGUGUUGCCUAGUCGUAGUUCAGAGGUUAACUUCUUGCUCUAGACCUCAGAUAAGCAGGAUCAGUACGAUGAAGAUUACGAGCAAGACUCUCACUACUCAAAAAGCCAGAAUGAGAGUGAGACCCUUUUCCCAUCAGUAAAGAAAACUAUGGGUACUAAACAGCUGGCUUCCUCCUACAACGAAGAUAUGGGUAGUCUCGAAGUAAUUAAUGACAGAAUGAAGGAGGAGUUGCAAUCCCUUCUAACAAAUCUAGAGAGUCACCUAGAGAAAGCCAAGGAAAACAAGAGGAGAUAUCUCGAAGCUAAAAUGCAGACUGAUGGGUUAUAUAACAAAGAUGAAGAUCUCUAUUCAGCCCAAAAUAACAUCAACAAGCUUGAGAAAGACAUUAAAAGAAUGAAAUAGGGACCUCAACCGUGCUUAUGGAAUUGACAAAAUUACCAAUCUCGAAAAUGAACUAGCUCAAUACAACAAGGAAGCGAAGAUCCUUGAGAAAGACACCCUUGGACUCCGGUUCAUCAAGAACGCUCACAUAAAAGCCCGUAAAGAGAUAGAUGCCAACCUUGCUGCUAAGAGCAGAUACUCAAACCUUAAGGAAGAAACUGAUAAUACAAAGAGAGAGCUCAAGGAGAAAUUAGAAGAGCUCAAGGAAAGAGAAAGGUUAGUCGCUGUAGAACACCAACAGGUCAUUGAGCUAGAAAACCAGUGCAGGAAGUUAAACCAGCUCCUCAGAGAUCACAACAGGGGUGAACAAGUAAUCCCUGGGCCAGUCCCUGAUAUCAGUGAAAACGAUAUCCAAGAUCUUGAGAACGAAAUUGAGAAGCUUUCCAACCUCAGAGCAUCUGAAGAGCAGAAAUACAAAAAGAUGCACAAAAAGUACCAGGCUACUCUAGCUGAAAAGACCCAAGAAGUGAAUGAUUUUAGGAGAAAAGUUAAAGAAAAAGAGCAAGAGUGCAAACUGGGCGAAUUCAAGAUUAACCAAUUCAGAAGAAGUAUUCCCAGAAAUACCCUGCUACAAAUGAAUACCACUGCUGGUGGAUUCUCGACUGUGAAGAUAAAGGGGUCAUCCACCCAGUAUCAUAAAACGUUAAAAUCUUCAAGGAUGGCCUUUAAUUCUACCGAAUUUACUGAGAGUAAGGAGGUGAAAGGCAUUACCAAUAUUAAGACCAAACUUCCCUCGGCUACUAAGAAGCAGAAGGCUCAUAGGUACAGCCUCGAUGAGAAAUCUGAGACUAAAAAUAUCACGAAGACUAUUAAGAAGAACAGGAAGAGUAAAAUAAAGUUGUAA